AACUACACUUUCUUUUGUAGCUUUGCCAAUUUGAGAAUUUACCCACAUGGAUUGGUGUUGCUGGACCUUCAGAGUUACGACAGUGAUGUGCAAGGCAAACAGGAAACUGACAGUCUUUUGAACAAAAUAGAAGAAAAGAUGAAAGAACUGAGUCAAGACAAUACUGGGCGAGUUAAGCGAUUACCACCCAUAGUCCGAGGAGGGGCCAUUGACAGAUACUGGCCUACUGCUGAUGGGCGCCUGGUUGAGUACGACAUAGAUGAAGUGGUGUAUGAUGAAGAUUCACCUUAUCAGAACAUUAAAAUUCUGCACUCAAAGCAAUUUGGGAAUAUUCUCAUCCUCAGUGGAGACGUUAAUUUGGCAGAGAGUGACUUGGCUUAUACCCGGGCCAUCAUGGGCAGUGGUAAAGAAGAUUACAGUGGCAAAGAUGUACUGAUUCUGGGAGGCGGAGAUGGAGGCAUAUUAUGUGAAAUUGUCAAACUGAAACCAAAGAUGGUCACGAUGGUAGAAAUUGACCAAAUGGUAAUUGAUGGAUGUAAGAAAUACAUGCGAAGAACAUGUGGAGAUGUCUUAGACAAUCUUAAAGGAGACUGCUAUCAGGUUCUCAUAGAGGAUUGUAUUCCAGUACUGAAGAGGUACGCCAAAGAAGGGAGAGAGUUUGAUUAUGUGAUUAACGAUUUGACAGCUGUCCCGAUCUCUACAUCUCCAGAAGAAGAUUCCACAUGGGAGUUUCUCAGACUCAUUCUUGACCUGUCAAUGAAGGUUCUGAAACAAGAUGGGAAGUACUUCACACAGGGGAACUGUGUCAAUUUGACUGAAGCCCUGUCGCUCUAUGAAGAACAGCUGGGGCGCCUGUAUUGUCCUGUGGAAUUUUCAAAAGAGAUUGUCUGUGUCCCUUCAUACUUGGAAUUGUGGGUAUUUUACACUGUUUGGAAGAAAGCUAAGCCUUAAAGAUGAGCAUUCCUUGAAUGAUGCAAGCCAACUUCCUGAUCCCCAUAUGCUGUAUAUUCCAUCAAAUGAGUCAGGCAACUGUUCAUAAAUUUCUUCAAUUGUUUUUUGUUUUUAAUUAUUAUUUUUAAUUUAAAAAAGCCAAUGGGAAAAUGUAUAUUUUGAUGAGCUAGGGUGUUCAUUUUUAAAAGUCAGCCGAAGGACAAUUAGACAGCUCAGCAAAGACUAUGGAAUGCACUGACCCCCUAGAAUGUGAUUUUAGUAUCUUUUUUUUUCUCUGUAUGGGGUUUGGGUUUUAAUUUGGACAUGUGGAGGAAUGAACAUCAUUGUUUUGUUUUGGAGAGAAGUUCCUGAUAGUGUUUCUCCCCCCUCACCCCCAAAUUGACUUAGAUAUUAAAAUUUGGUGCUUUUGAAAGUAAAAAAAAAAUAAAAUAAAAGAGUGAUUAGCAUUGCUUCAAUUAAAAUUACAAAAGAUA